AUGGAGGACCCUGGUGGCACAGUAGCUGAAUCUGUGUCGUCACCGCCUGUUGGUGCAGCCAAGUCAAAGCUUGACUCACUUUCCAAAGAUGAUCUUAUAAAAUUCACCAAAAAGCAGAUGGCGUCUUUCCAAAAGAUGAAGUGCAAAUGUGCAGAUUUAGAGAAAGAAGUUGAAGAGCUCAAAGAACGUUCCAAGAAUGAUAUGAGCACUUCAAAGGAUUCUACUAUAAUACAGGAGCUGACUGAGCGGAUGGAUGUGUUAUUACUGGAGAAGGCAGAAACCCAGGAAAGCCUUUCAUUGUCUCGUAAAGAAUUGGAGCGGACCAAGCAGCUUGCCAAAGUUGAAGUCACAGAACUUGGAAGUAUGAUUGAAGACCACAAAAGGACAAUUGACAUUCUAAAGGCCAGCAUUGAUGAAUCCAACAAUAAACACAAAGAGGAAGUGGAAUAUUUUCAGAAAUUAUUAAAGGAGCGAGAAGACCAUGAUAGGGAGUUAACCAGUGAAAGAGAGAAACAGAGCCAAGCUGAAGAAGCCAUGGAAGUUACAAUUAAAGCUCUUCAAGCUGAACUUGAAGCGAUUCAGGAGCGAAAUUCCAAAGAGAUUGCUGAGCUGCAAGAGAGCCACCAGAAUCAGCUGACUGAAGCCCAGCAGGAGGUAGAAAACCUGAAAGAGGAGUUAACACAGAGGAGUAUGCAGCACGAGGAGGAGCUGAGGGCUUUGGAGGAGGAUUGUGAGAUUGAGAGGGAGCGUCUUGUUUUGCUCCAGGAAGAGCUGACGGAGCAGCUGGCCCUCAAAGAUAGCUACCUCCAGGAUGUCCAGGAGGAAGAUGAAGAACCUGGUCGUAGCUCAGGCAUUGCCAAAAUGUUGGCGCUGUCUGCACCCAGUCAGGCUGAGUCCAGCCAUAUUGAUGGUGACAUGAACGAGGGUGCAAAACUGAAGGCCGCUCUGGAAGAACUCCAUGCUCAGAACACAAUGUUACAAGAUGAGCUCACCCUUCUCACUAAUGUUAAAGGUGAACUGGAGGCAGAGCUGGAGAGAGUCAAGGAUGAGUUCCAGAGUGAAAGAGAGGAGAUGGACUUUAAAAUCAAUGAGCUGCAAAUGAACCGGGACAGCGACCCAACAACAACAGCCUUAAAUAUCAUGAAUGUUGACCCUGAGAUAUAUGCGUCAGGUGAAUCCAAAGAGUCAGUCCAAGAUAAAAUAACACUGGAACAAGAUGAGCUUGAGAAGCUCAGGUGCCAGUGUGAGGCCAUGACCCGGGAGAGGGAUUUUGCUGUGGCAGACUUCAAUGACAUUAGGGAAACACUGCAAAAUGCAGAGAAACAAAAAGACUUACUCGAGGGGCUUUAUCAGUCUGUUGAAGACCUUACCAGGCAAAAUGAAGAGAUCCUCUCUCAGCUGCAGAUAAAAGAGACCAUGACGGAAGACCUAAAUGAGCUGGUUAAUACAUUGACUGAAGAGCGAGACAGAACACAAUCGCUGCUUCAACGUCAAGAGGAGGAAAUGCGGGAGCUCAAAGAUGAAAAUGCCAGAGACAUUGAGAACCUGCGAGAAGAGAAGCAGGCGGCCCAACUACUGCAGGAAGAGACGGAAAGGCAGUUGAAAAUGUUGACUAUAGAGAAGGAGAAUGAAAUGCAGGUUUUAAAGGAGGAAAUGGACAAGAUCGAGGAAAGCCUGAAGGAGGAAGUGGGCAAAUUGCAGGAGGAGCUAUCCUCUUCAGUUCAAACUAUUCAAGAUAUCUCCUCAGAAAAUGCUUGCCUUCAUAAAAAACUAGAAGGGAGUCUAAUUACACUUUCCCAAAUCCAGAGAGAGCAAGAACUUUUGGGCUCCAAGUUGACCACCGCAGAGGCUCAACUGGAGCAACAGUCAUUCCAAAAAGGGGAUCUUGAAGCUAGGGUUAAUUCUUUUACAGAAGAAGCAGAGCUUGAAGGUCAGUCUGAAGCUCUAAAAGUUGCAAAGGAAGGACUGACAGAACUCCAAGUACGGGUAGAAGAGUUGGAAAACGAGAGAAAUAUGUUGAGAAGUUGUCUUGAAGAGGCUCAGGGAGAUAGGAGUGAAGUGCAAGCUAUGGCGCAGGAGAGGGACAUGCUGAGAAACAAUUUGGAGGAGACGCUGAGGGAUACUGGUGGGCUGCUGGGAGACCUUCAAGAUAUGAAGUCUUUCAAUGAAAAACUGUGUGCUGAGAAUCAGAUGUUACAGUCCCAAAUACUUGUAAUGUCCAAAGAGAAGGAGGAAAAAGUACAGGCUGACAUUGAUGUUCUAGAGAGAGAACGCACAGAAUUCACACAACAGUUGGUGGACAGGGAGGCACUCAUAUCUCAAUUAAGGACUGAGAUCGCUGCUCUGCAGGAGUCUGCUUCCAAGUCUGGCUCUGAUGAAAAGAAAGCUACGGAAAUGACAGAGAAAAUAGGUGAAUUGGAGAAGGACAAUAAAGAGAAGGAUGAAAUGAUAAACAAAAUAAAGGCAGUGGCUGUCAAAGCAAAAAAGGAGUUGGACACCAGUAAAAAAGAGGUCGUAACCCUGAAGGAAGAAAUAGCUUCUCUAAAAGCACAGCAGGAGAAGGUUAACAUCUCAAUGAAGGACAUCAUCCAUGGUGCUGAAGGCUACAAGAACCUGCAGAUCGACUACGAUAAGCAGACGGAGCAACUGGAUCAACAGAAAAAGAAGGUAGAAGCAGCAGAGAGACAGAUUGCUGACCUGACUAAACACCUCAGCAGUGCUGUCUCACAGGUCGAGUUACUCCGCAGUGAGAAGGAAGACCUGCUGACUGCCUUGGAGACGUCCAGGAACAUGGUAAAGCAGAUUGAAAUGCAGAUCCAGGAGCUGCAAAAGCAGUCAACCAGUCUCGACAGAGAUCUGGUAGCAGAGAGGGCAAUGAAAGAACAAAAGAUCAAGGAUCUGUCAACGGCCAGAAAAGAUUUGGCUGAGCUUCAAGACCAGUUCAGCAAGCAACAGCAGGAAUCACUGCAGACAGCCCAAGAACUGGAGCAGCUACGCAAGGAGGCGCAGCAGAACUCUUUGCUGGGCAUGGAAAUGGCUGACUAUGAACGCUUGGUCAAAGAACUCAAUGCCAAAAUUUCAGAAAAGGAUGUGUGCUCUGAAGAGUUACAGGCUCAAAUAACCGGACUGACUGAGAAGGAGGAAACACUUAAACGAGAAAUUGAACAUUUGAAGUCGCAGUUGGACCAAACAGAAGACAAAGCUUCCAAGAUUAAACUACUGCUAGUGAAAGCUAAGAAGGAGCUGUCUGAUGCGAAGCUGCAGGAAAACUCCUUAGCGGUGUUGCAGGCCUCAUUAAGAGGGGAACUGGAGGCCAACCAGCAGCAACUAGAAAGCACAAAAAUCGAGCUGUGUGAUGCGAGUGCUGAACGCCUUCGUCUACAAGACCAACUCAGGUCUGCAUUGGACCAGCAACAAAAGACCAGAAGCUCUCUGCAGGAAAGAAUUGAUAGCCUACAGCAGGAGCGAGACAUUGCUAAGGCUGAACUUGUGGCAACUGCUGAGGAGUUUGAGAGUUAUAAGGUCCGAGUACACAAUGUGCUAAAGCAGCAAAAAAGCAAACUCAAUGGACAGAAUGAAAGUGAUGCUGCCAGGCUAGAAAGGGAGCAGUUAUCAACUCAGGUGAACCAGCUGAGUUCCAGCCUGGGAGAGAGUCAGCAAAGUCUCCAGAGCUGCACUGCAGAGCUACAGCAGCUCCAGAGUGAACACGACACUCUUUUGGAACGACACAACAAACUUUUGCAGGAAAAUGUUCACAAAGAGGCCGAGAUCCGUGAGAGACUGCUGUCAGUGCAGUCGCAGAACGUGGAUCUGCAGUCAGAGCUGGCUCAGGCUCAAGCUGACUCAUCUUCCCAGAUUGAGACCCAGCGACAGACGCACAGGGAGCAGUUGAGGAAGCUGCAGGAUGAACACCGCGCCACAGUUGAGACUUUGCAGGGUCAGCUGACUCGUGUUGAGGAGCAGUUAUUCAACUUGCAGAGUCAGAAUAGCUCGGUGUUGGUUCAGUCAAGCAGAAAGUCCACCGAUGCUCAGCGUAGAACUGGAGACCAGAACCAGGCAGUGCCCCCGAGUGACCCUCAGUCGAUGGAUAGGGAGGAGUGUGAAGGCAUGGAGACCGUGGAGAAUGAAAGCACCUCCCCUGCAUCACUACUCUCUCUGGAGCACCUUCUCACAUCACCAGACCCCAAGCAAGAGCCAUUUGAGUGGACUGUGGAGCCCACAAAAGAGGAGCUUAUUCUCAAAUUGAGCACAGCCACACGCAGUCUGGAGCACAUGAACAGCCUGCUGCAUGAAACCGAGGCUACCAAUGCUGUUCUCAUGGAGCAGAUCAAUCUGUUGAAGAGUGAAGUACGUCGGUUGGAGCGUAAUCACGAACGAGAGAAGAACAGUGCCAACCUGGAGUAUCUGAAGAACGUUUUGCUGCAGUUCAUAUUCCUUCGGCCAGGCAGCGAGAGGCAGGCGCUAGUUCCCGUCAUUCACACCUUGUUACAGCUCAGCCCGGAGGAGAAAAGCAAACUGGCUGCCAUUGCACAAGGCGAGGAUGACGCCUCAGGGAGUCAGGGCUCAGGCUGGGGAUCUUAUCUCCACAGCUGGUCUGGGAUCAGGUAG